AUGCAGGCCAACUUUGUAAUCAGCCUUGGAAACAAAGCCCAAGUUCCCAUAAUCUCAUAUUCAGCAACAAGCCCAUCUCCCACUUCAAUCAGGAGUUCAUACUUUUUCAGAGCUGCACAAAAUGACUCAUCUCAAGUGAAAGCCAUGAGUGCCAUCAUCCAAGCCUUUGGCUGGAGAGAAGUAGUUGCCAUCUAUGUUGACAAUGAGUUUGGGGAGGGAGUCAUACCUUCCCUCUCUGAUGCUCUGCAAGAAGUUGAUGCUCGAAUUGCCUACCGGAGUGUCAUUUCUCCAAAGGCCACUGAUGACCAAAUUGUUGCUGAGCUUUACAAGUUGAAGGAAAUGCAAACUCAGGUCUUCAUUGUGCACAUGUUCGCUGAUCUUGGCUCUCGGCUGUUCGACAAGGCGAAACAGAUUGGCAUGAUGGAUGAAGGGUAUGCUUGGAUAAUGACUGAUGGAAUGACCAACUCCUUUAGUUACAUAAAUUCCUCUGACAUAGAAAAUAUGGAAGGGGUGUUGGGUAUAAAAACUUUUGUCCCAAAUACAAAAGAGCUUGAAAGUUUUAGAGUUAGAUGGAAAAGUAAAUUCCAACAGGACAAUCCAACUGUCCAUGAUGUUAAGUUGGAUGUUUUUGGAUACUGGGCUUAUGAUGCUGCUUGGGCACUGGCCAUGGCAGUUGAGAAAGUUGGGGCUAAAAACUUCAACUUCCAAAAGAUGAAUAGUACAUCUGGUAAUUCCAGUACUGAUCUAGAAAGAUUUGGGGUCUCUCAAAAUGGUCCUCAACUUGUCCAAGCGCUAUCAGGUACCAUUUUCAAAGGCCUUUCAGGAAAUUUCAGUCUUCUUAAUGGCCAACUACAAUCAUCAACAUUUCAGAUAGUAAAUGUGAUUGGCAGUGGGGAAAAAUUGGUUGGAUAUUGGACACCCGAAAAGGGGCUUGAAAGAAAAUUAAAUUUGACAAACACAAGCACAUAUUCUACUUCUAAUGUAAGUCUUGGAUCAAUCAUUUGGCCUGGAGAUACCACCUCUGCUCCAAAGGGUUGGCAGGUUCCUACAAGUGGUAAAAGGCUGAAAAUUAUAGUCCCAGUAAAGCAAGGAUUUGCAGAAUUUGUGAAAGUGACACACGAUCCUAAGACGAAAAAAACGAUCGUCGAUGGAUACUGCAUAAGCAUCUUCGAAGCUGUAAUAAAAUCGUUACCGUAUGAUGUUCCAUACGAUUUAUAUCCUUAUGCAAAGCCUAAUGGUGAGAGCGCUGGCAGUUACAAUGACUUGGUCAAUGAAGUCUUUCUUGGGGUAGGAUUCAUAUCUAAGCUUAUUUGUUUUCCUUCAUCUAACAAAACAAAACUAUCCAAAUUAUUUACUGACACUUCCUCGGGAAGAAAAGGGUGCACAAUAAUAUCUACGCCCCCAUUUAAAUGGACCAAAAUCAAUCUGUCGAGCAUUGACAAUUCGACAUUGACUCGUUGGAUAAGGACAGCAGAUUUGAAUACAUUUUUGGAACAUUAG